UUCCCUACGCGUAGGGCAGUUAUCGGCCAGAUAGGGUAAACUAGAUAUUAUCCAACGAAACGACGCACUUUACCUACUAAGGCCAGUUAACCUCAUCCCUCCACCCAAAAACAACCGGUUCCGCGGGUUACUCGAUUUCCUUGCUCGAAAAUUCCAGUAUAAUAUGCAUAAAGCUAGUCUCUGUAUUUUUCUCUAGGCGGUUUCAAUCUCAUCUAAACGUCAUAAUCUUCAUCUCCGAUUCCCGGUUCUCGUCGCAGAUCUCUUUCGCUUGCAAUUCUGAAGGUAUAAGGUCUGGAGGAUGGCAGAUAAUGAAGGAGGGGAGAAUGUUCCUCGCGGGAAUGAGUGGGAAGUUGUUUCACUUACGGCAUCAACAUAUGCUGCUGCUCCUGGUCCUAAUGAAGUGGAAAUGAAAGAUGAAAACAAGGAUAAUGCAUAUGUGGGGGAUGAAGCAGAAACUUCCCGUGCCUUGUUCAUGUCUGGGCACUUUGUCUUUCCACCAAGCCAGCAUGAGAAUUUACCACUGGAACGAGAUAAAAGCGAGAUUUUAAAUGAGCAAGUUGGGAAGAAUGCUGCCUCUGAACUUGACGUGCAAGAAGGGGAUAAAUCUGGUGGGAAGGAUGACGAAAUUUGGGCACCGAAGCAUGAAUCUGAAGAGUUCCCUGGGAUACAGAUUUUUGAUGAAAAGGGUAACAGACUACCCAUCUCUGGGGCUGAAUUUGAAGAAAGCAUGACUCUUCCAGAGUUAAAUCUAAAUGAAAAGGAACAGAGUUUAUAUAGUGCUGCCACAUUUAGUUCCUUCCAUAGUGAAACUGAGCUUGGUGGUUCAGCCACAUAUGAGGAUAACCUGGGUAUUCAUGAAGCAAGUGAACAAUCUGAGCAGGAAUUGGAUUUCUCUACAGAUAGUUCUCACUCUCAAACUGCUAAAGAUGAUCAAUACGAUGGGUCUGACCUUCCAUGUGAAGCUUGGUGGAAGAGAAGGGCAGCUUCCUUCUAUACUCAUGCAAAAGAUACGAAUGCAUUUUGGUCCAUUUUCGUUGCAGCUGCUGUCAUGGGUCUUGUGAUUCUUGGACAGCGCUGGCAACAAGAAAGGUGGCGGGCUUUGCAACUCAAGUGGCAGGCCAGCAUCAAUGAGAAAAGUGGCAGGAUGCUGGGACCUAUAUCACGACUUAAGGAUGUGAUUGUGGGUGGCCAUCGACGUAUAAGAGGAAGUUCCUCGAAUGAAAAUUAAGACGAUGACGAAAAAGUUGGGGAGAGUAUCUCAAGGUGGCUAUUAAUAUAUUUUGCUGUGUGGUUGACAUAUUUUUCUGAUGACAAAGAUGAAUAAUUGCGUGUUGAAAGUUUGUGGUGGAUGUGCUUUUGUAAUUAUGGUGGCAUAUUAGUUUGUGGCUCAGUGUUGCAAUUUAUUUAUCUUCGCACAUAUUGGUACGUUCUAACUAAGCAUCUAAACCCAUAAAUUAUGAUUCUAUUUCACUUUGGAGUUA